UCCAGCCCCUGGGGACCCACAGGUGUCGCUGCCCACUUCAGGCCUGAGCUGAACCAGCUGGCCCCUAACCCGCCCAUAUCACCCCUUGGGGAAGACCUGCAUUUCCUGCUUCCUGAGUUGCAAGUCAGCGACUGGCUCUGGAAGCGGGUGGCUGAGCUGGGGAGACAGAAGCUGCAGCCACUGCAUUUCCUCAAGGCCUGGGCCUUUUCUGGGAGGACCCAAGAGAUUUGCAUUGGGGCCCUGCGGAGCAGCAGCGGCUUCCUGGUCAGUGGGGUGAGGCAAGGCGGAGCCAGUAUCUGGCCGUGAAGCAGUCCAGGCCGCACCUCACAGACGCCCCCCCCCGCCCCCCCCGCCCCAGGGUAAGACCCCUAGGUGUGAGGGAGCCAGGUGGUGGUCCGUGGGGGAAGGUCCUGGCGGGAGUCAGGAGACCCCCGUUUUCCUGUUGCAGGGAGGGGACCUGCAUGCUCAGUGCCGCUCCUGCGCCAUGGACCGCAGCCAGCCUAGCCUGGAGUCCCCGACCCUGGUCCCCCAAGCCAAGGGCCCGUGCGUGAUCGCGCCCGUGCGCGCCGUGCUCCGUCUGCGCCGCCGUGUGUGCGUCCUGCGAAAGCGGCGCCUCUUGCAGCCAGGCGCAGAGCCAGAUGGUGGAACUCCGCGGGCGCUGCGGCCGGGUUGCAGCUCUGGGACCCUCCGGGCAGACCUGGACCAGCCCAGAUUCUUCACUUUCGACGGCCUUACAGAGCUGCCUUCUAGAACUCCGCGCAAGAAGCGCAGGCGCAGCCGGGUAGUGCUCUAUCCCGAAACCUCACGCAAGUACCGUCCCCGCACAGAGCGCCAGAGCCGCGCACAGCGUUGCCUGCUGCUACUGGUGGCUAUCGUGGGGUUUCAGGUGCUCAACGCCAUUGAGAACCUGGAUGAUAAUGUGCAGCGUUACGACCUCGAUGGGCUGGAGAAGGCACUGCAGCGCGCGGUGUUUGGCCAGCCAGCUGCGGUGGGCCGCAUUAUGGCGCUGCUCCGGGACUAUCUGGCUACACACGUGCACAGUCGCCCGCUCCUUCUGGCUCUGCACGGGCCCAGUGGUGUAGGCAAGAGCCACGUGGGCCGCCUACUGGCACGCCACUUCCGCGCAGUGCUGGAGGACAGCGCGUUGGUGCUACAGUACCAUGCACGGCACCACUGCCCAGAGCCUCGCGCAGUGCAGGACUGCCGGAAGGAGCUGGCACAGCACGUGACGGACGUGGUGGCGCAGGCCGAAGCCAAGGAGAAGACGCCUCUUUUGGUCCUGGAUGAGGCAGAGCUCUUGCACCCUGCGUUGCUGGAUGAACUGCACGGCCUCUUGCAGCCACAGCGCUCACACCAUUUCCACAACGCUGUGUACAUACUACUCAGUAGCACCGGGGGUGUAGAGAUCACACGCUUUGUGCUGCAGAAUGCGUCACGCACACUGCCUCCCCACUCUUCCAGUGCAUACAGCAUCCAGGCUGAGGAGUCCCAGGCCGAGGAAGAACUGCGCACCAGCCUUCGGGAGCUCUUGGCCGGAGAACACCCGCUGUGGCGGACCGCAGCCAUCGUGCCUUUCCUGCUACUGGACAAGCGAGAUGUGGUCAACUGCUUCCGAGAGGAGAUGGCCGGGGAGGGCUUUUUUCCUGAGCAGGCACUGGCAGAGCGUCUGGCAGAGCAGCUCAGCUACCACCAUGUAGCCGGACAUGAGUUCGCCAUCACUGGCUGCAAACAGGUGGUAGCCAAAGUCAACCUCUUACAGCACAGGCCUGGACGCACUGGACACUAGCCAGAGGCCCCAGACAUUUGGGUUGUUGGUGGAAACAGGAGGGAGAUCAGGGCAUCUGUGAUCACCAAGACUGUUCACCCCAGGAGCUAGAGAAGUUGGUGGGGGCCUCAGCUCUGAGCUGCCCACCUCCUUUCCCAUCCAGCCUUGAGUUUCCCUAGGCCAUCAAGAAGAGCAGCCACCUUCCUGUCUAGUCUGGUCUGUCUUCCUCAGCUGCCAUCAUGUUCCAGGCUCAUGUGAUAAGUGGGCAGUGUGCAUGUAUGGUGUAGGUCAGUUAUCUUACAGAGUGAAUAGCAGAGGUAGGAACCCAACCCUGAUGGGAACUUGUGGCACCUUCCAUACUUCAUAUACCCAGCCAGUCCUUGAAUGCCUCCUCUGCUUAGGGUUUCCAAGGUGAGGGAUGCUUCUUCAGGCAGCCUGAGAAGGCAGUAGGAUGGACAGACCCAGGGGAAUCCCUCAGAUGUGCUGGAGGUGGCUUGGCUGACCAUGGUAGAAUGCGGGCUUAAAUGGAGACCCAACCUCUUGAGCCCCUGUACACUGGCUCCCUAGCUGUUGCAGGACCCUGGACUGGGGAUGAGAGGUAUGUGAGCGGCCUUGGAGCCAGCUUCAAUCAACGGUAGAGAGUCCUGCUCUGGAGUCCAUCCUCCUGCUGAAGGACUCAGCCCUACCACCCUGGCCCUUUCCUGCCACCAGCUCUGGAGUGACAGUUCUUGAGUCCUCAACAAACUGGCAGCAGGGGAUAGUGAACAAGGCCUUGAGGCUUGUUUCCAGGAGCAGCAGGUUUGCAUGAGGCCCAGCGGGUUGGGGUGGGGGGUGGGGCGAUCUAUUGACUGGGUUCACAGGAUGACCAAAGCCCAGGCUUCUGCACCUCUCCCGCACCGGACGUGGAGACGGCUUAUCCUUAGCAGUGUAGCUGUCUGGCCACUACAGAUCUGUUUCCUUCGGGUUCCGCAUUGCCUUUGGGGUCCGAUUUCUGCCCUCCGGGACUCCUGAGCAUGCUCUAGAGGAAGGUGCUUUGGAAGCUGCUUUGCCUGCAGCGCUACUGUGCCCUGGCCACCUCUGUGCUGCCGCCUGGUGGCCACACCCGGCUCCGUCCCCCGUGCACCCUUGCAGGUUAGAAAUAGGCACAUCCAAAAGUGGGCGGUGAGGGGGCAGCAAGGGACGACCCCGGAAGCAGAGGGGACGAGCUCCAGAGGGGGUGAUAUGUCCUUCCCCACCUUGGGGAGAUCUGCUGCGAAACCACCCAAGCUCAGGUGUCCCUAGAGAAGCUCACUGGCCUGUCCUGCACAUCCCAUUGUCUCCUAUUCAGCUUAACCUGGCUGUGCUCUAAGGAUCUGCGUACCGCCAGGUGGGCGGGUUGAAAAGACUGUAGAUGGGCACAUUCACCUGAGGGAGCCCAGUGCACAGAUCCUGUGCUUGGGAGGUAACCAGCACAUCCUUCCUCAGGCCCCACGACUCCUUGCUAUGGGGUGUCCCUGAAGUUGGGAGACUGGUCAGGGUUUCAGUGGGAUGUAGAGGGUAGGAUGGCUAGCUCAGAGCCCAAGGCUAGGUCCUCCCCAGAUGACUUACUGGGCCAAAGAGAAGGUGGAGGUCCUGCUCUGCCCUCUGUGUUGAUGCUUCAAGGGGUGUAUAAGAGCUGCUGAGUGAGGGGUGCUGACCAGUCCUUGUGGAGUGAUGCUGGGGUCCUCACCACUCUGAAGGAAGCCCCCGCCUUUGGAUCUCACCCAAACACCCCCCUCAAAGUGUCCCCUGCCAAAUGUUGCAUGAAUUUACCCACUUAACAUCCACAGAACAUCCACCUAGAUCUGAAGAUCCAGACCCAUGCAGAAUUGUCUUUUUAUUUAUUUCUAGAAAAAAAUACAUUCCAAGAAUAAUUACAUUGAAACUGAUUCCUUGUCUUAAGUGACCUGUGCACUCAACACUGUGGGCAGGUUGUAUCAUGCUUUCGAAUAAACUGCAGCUCAAAUCUGGCAAUCUACUGGCUUCUCUUGGUGUUUCUUGUCUGCACGACCUGUUAAUUGAGAAAGGCAAGCUGGAACCUUUCUGUCUGGUGGUAAGUUUAAUAACGCUCUAAGCCUCCAGGUAGUACAUUUUGUUUUCAGACAGGGUCUCACACUGUAUUCCAGGCUCAUCUUGAAUCUGUGAGCCUCCUGCCUUGGUUUCCCAGGUGUUUG